AUGGCCAACAAGAAUAUGAAUAAAAAAGAAAUUUGCAAUUUAGCAAAACAACUUUACAACUAUGUUCAAUUGUGUCCUUCUAACCGGUCCGUUAAACUACUUCGUGAAGAUUUGAUAAAAAAGGGUGAAAAAAUGAAAGCAUUACCAAAUAAAUUUAUGAUAUUUCUCACGUUUAUGAGGAACCAAUUUAAAACCAGUAAAAUUCCCCAACAUCUAACAACUAAGAUUACGACUCAAAAUAUUGCCGCAAAAAUAGCAUCAGAAAUAUGGAAACUACUUUCGCUGAAACAGAAGGAUGUUUAUCUUGAAAUUUAUAAAGCAAUAAAAUCCGAACAUCAACAAAAAUACGCUCAUUGGAAAGCUAAUCAACGUAGGAUUAGGUCAGAUUUUAAUUCGAGGCCACGUAAUUAA